CUGCCGUUCACUCCACGCUUUUAUUAGCACAAACCGAUCGGAAGGGGAACGAACAGUUUGCGCUGCGAGCAUGGGCCUCUCACCGUUUCUUGCAGUGCUGCCCGCCAUUAUUGCCCUUCUCUCCCUCGUGUUCUUCUUCUCCACCGGCAGAAAAGCUGCUCUCUCCCAUGGACAUGGACGGAGGAGCUUGCCACCGUCGCCGCCGGGCUUCCCUCUCGUCGGCCACCUGCCGCUUCUUGGAUCGCUACCCCACCGGACGCUCCGGGCGAUGGCCGGAACGCACGGCCCGGUCAUGCUCCUGCGGCUCGGCCGCGUGCCCGUCGUGGUGGCCUCCUCGGCGGCCGCGGCGCAGGAGGCCAUGAAGGCCCGAGACGUGGCCUUCGCGGGCCGGUACAGCGGGCCGAUGGUCGAGCGCCUUUUCUACGGGCGCGACCGCGACAUGGCCUUCGCUUCCUACGGCGAGCACUGGCGCCAGGCGCGACGCGUCUGCGUGCUCCACCUCCUCAGCCAGCGCUGCGUGCUCUCCUUCCGGCGCGUUCGCCAGCAGGAGACGGCCGCCCUGAUCGGCCGCGUCCGCCGCGAUGCCGCCGCCGCCGUGAACCUGAGCCAUCUUCUCGUCGUCUACUCCAGCGCCGUCCUCCUGCGGGCCGCGUUCGGCAACGACGACGACGACGACUCCAGCUACGGGCUCGACGGAGAAGGGGAGAUUCUUAGGAAGUUGCUAGUCGACGCCGAGGAGUUGCUGGGCUUGGGCACGCUCGGCGAGGUCGUGCCGUGGCUGGCGUGGGUGAACUCGGUGAGGGGGGUGCAUGCCAAGGCAGCACGGACGUCUGAGGCGCUGGAUGGCUUCCUCGAGCGGGGCAUUGCGGACCACCAUACGCGGCGCCACCGUGGAGGUCCGCGGAAGGGAGACGGUGGCGGCGACGAGAAUCGCCGCAGCUUCGCGAGCGUGCUGCUGGAUGUGAAGGAGGAGGAAGAGGCGGGAGGAAUCCAGUUUGACACGGCAGCCGUCAAGGCCAUCAUCCUAGAUAUGUUCCUAGCCGGCUCGUCCACGACCGCCUCCAUUGUGGAAUCGGCAAUGGCGGAGCUCAUCAACCAUCCAGAUGAGAUGCGCAAGCUCCAAGAGGAGAUACGCGCGGCCAUCAUCCAUGACGGCGGUGACAACCAAAUUACCGAGGACCACCUAGGUAAGCUGCGCCGCCUCAAGCCGGUGCUCAAGGAGACGCUCCGUCUGCACAUGCCGUCGCCGCUCGUGCAUCGACAGACGGUCGAGGACACCGAGCUGCUCGGAUACCAUGUUCCAGCGCGCACCCGUGUCAUCAUCGACGUCGGGGCCAUCGCACGGGACCCCGCCACGUGGGAGCGCGCAGGGGAGUUCCUGCCGGAGCGGUGGUUCGGGGAUGACGGCGCGUCGGCGGCGGUGGCGGGGCAGGACUUCACAUUCUUGCCGUUCGGUGGCGGGCGGAGAGGGUGCCCCGGUGCCGGGUUUGGCAUGGCGAGCGUCGACCUGGUGCUGACGAGCCUGCUGUACCAUUUUGACUGGGAGCUACCGGCCGGUGGGGCGUCCACGGUCGACAUGGAUGUGGUAGGUGAAUUGGCCGUGCGGUUGAAGAAACCUCUGUGUCUGGUCGCUAAGCCAUGGUGUCCUUAAUAAGAUCCAUCACGCAUGGUGUCCAUCCUGCUCAUAUUCAUCAGGAAAUUAAAUAAAGAGUUUAAUUAUCCGCACGGGCCACGUGUCCUUCACUGCUAUCUUAUACAUUCAUGGUAAACAGCAAAAUGUAAAGUUUGGAUGCAUAAUUUACACUAUUGCAUAUAAGCAUCCAUAUAAUAUGUAAUUACUGGCUAUAUAUAUUAUUCUCCUCUAUUAAUAUAUAUUUGCUUUACAGAGGUAUUGCCAGCGGUUUCCAAAAAAUACACUAUUACUAUCUUCUUAUCUAUGUUGCUUUUCGUUAUGGCAUCUCUAAAUUUCACGUGCCUGAACUUUCACUACCUAAGAAACGCCCUAUAGUGACGGGCAUCAUCUCCCUAAGGUGACGGGUAUCGCGUUCGUCGCUUCUACAGCGUCAUUAAUUAGAACAGAAAGGUGACGGUCGUUUACCCAUCACCUAUGUAUGUAAAAGGUGACGGACUAUACUGAUGCCCGUCACCGUGCUAAAAUAAAUAUCUGCAGCAUGAAUAAAAAUCAAAAAAAUAUUUUUUUCCCACCGCGCUUGCAUCUCAAGCCACAAGUCGCGCGAUUAUGCGCGCGUGCGAUUUAUUCCGGCGUUAUUAGGAUUCGAACCCACAAUCUUAGCCUUGCGCAUACCGUUUCCUACAACUAGACUACACCAUCACAUGUGACCAACAAUGAGAUAUUUUUCUUUUAUCAUCACUUUCAAAUAUCUUAUAUAACCCAUUUCGCAGCCAUAACGAUCUCAAAUGAAAAUCUUUUCAACUACAAAGUUAUAGAUCUGGUCGCGACCUACAACUUUCAUAUAUACUUUUUUUCCAUCUGAAGUCAUUUGAAAAUUUUGAAGAUUUAAAAUUCGAAAUAUAAACCAUGUAUUUGGGUGCCAAAAUAACCUCAAAUAAAAAAAAUUCAACUACAAAGUUGUAGAUCUGGUUGAGAUCUACAACUUUUGUAUAGACUAUUUUUUAAUCUGAGAUAAUUUGAAUUUUUCAAAAAUCGCGUGUUCAAAUAUUAAUAAAAGUUACAAAGGUGACGCGCCUUGAUGUUGCACGUCACCUAUGUUAUCACAAAGGUGACACGCUUUGAUGUUGCCCGUCACCUUUCACUUAUUAAAGUCCGUCAUCUAUACUAUGCUUAUAGGUGACGUGCGUUAAUAUUGUCUGUCACCUAUAUCAAACUUAUAGGUGACGUGCUUUGAUGUUGCACGUCACCUAUGUCAUCACAAAAGAGACGGGCAACGUUUUAGGGAGGCCACUAAGGGGUCAAAGGUGAUGUGUGUCAGUGUUUGAUGUGGGAAGACGCCGAGAUAAGAAACACGAUGGUGCAAGCAACACAAGGGUUUAGACAGGUUCGGGCCACAAGGAUGCGUAAUACCCUACGUCCAGUUGGGUGGUUUGUAUUGACUUGGAUGUAGAUGGGUGGUCUAAUGAUCUGUUACCUCUGGAGGGGUCCUUGCCUGCCCUUAUAUAGGCUGGGGAGGCAAGGUUACAAGGAAACCCUAGUCAAUACGAGCCUAAGAGUCUGCACUGAGUACUAUUCGUGCGAUAUCCUCCUAUACCGGCUAGUUCUACAUCCUUCCAGAGUUGUUACAUGCCGAAUGGAUAUGAGACAGGCCCCAUCUCAUAUUGGGUACUGAAUCUUGCCACGUAAGGUAUCCCGUGGCCCCGGGUCUGACAAGCCCCCGAGCUCUUCGCAGCUGAGUAGUCGCAGGUCUUCGAGUACUUCCUGAAGCCGUCAUCGAGUAAUCUCCAUCUUCUUUGUAGAUUGCACUUCGAGUACUUCUUGAGCUGCACUGAAGUUGUGUGGUGCUCCUUCUCCAGUAGUCUUGACGCCCUUUGGUGAAAAUCUUCAUGUAUGGUGUGCGAUAAAAAAUUGCACUCCAUAUGGACUAGCCCCCGAGCCUUAGGUUGAAUCAAAGAAUUCAAGCUGAGGGUCUAUCUUGAAAUUGAAUUUAAUCAAUCGUUUUGUUUUUUAAAAAACAAACUCCUUUUGCCACAUACCCAGUAUCCCCCAAGCCUUGUACCCAAAUUCUAAAAAUUUAGAAAGAAGAGUCCAAAACGGCGUGGCAUACUUACAGUGAUGUAAUCACUUAUUUGUGAUUUUGACAUGAAAUGUUUGCCUCUUAUUGUAAGCAUAUGUCAGAAUCUAUCCUUAUGCCAUUUGCUCGGAAAACUGAUCACCACCAUCCCCCGAGCGUGACAAUAAGAAAAAAGAUCUGUUCUAAGUAUUUACCAAAGUGCCAUUGGUAGACUGUAUAACUAGGUUUAGAAACUGAAGGGUUCUUACCUUAUCACCGCCGCCGUCUCUUCAUCCCCUUUCCAUCCCUAAAUUGUAUUUCCCUGCGAGUCUCCGUGAAACGCUAGCCCCCGAAGAGAGACCAUCGGAUUUCUUAAUGGAGAAAAUUGCAGAUGCCGGAGGCGGUCAGAAACGGAAUCGCGAGGAGAAAACAGCGAUGGAGGGGAAAUCGUCCUUUCCUCAGAGUAAAUUGUCUGAGGAGGAUUUAAAAGUUUUGGUUGAAAAUUGUCUUCUCCAGCCAAAGGAGUUGGUUCAUUGGCGGAGUUCUUUGGGGGAAUCUUCUCCGUCCCCUAAAGAUUCAGAGGUCAUUUUAUUUACCCCUUUUGUGAAGUAUGGAUUGGCUCUUCCUGCGUGCGAUUUUCUUCAAGGGGUGUUGUAUUAUCAUGGAAUUCAAAUCCACCAUUUGACCCCGGAUUCAAUUCUGCAUCUGAGCGUUUUCGUCCAUCUUUGUGAGGCUUUUCUUGGGAUAGAGCCGCACUUCGAGUUAUUUUGUAAAUUAUACUCAUUGGUCCCCGGGCCUUCCAGGAAGGAGAUGGGCAGUUUUGGGUGUGCCAACUUAGAACUUCGUUCAGAAGUUGUUGAUAAAUAUCUAGAGUGGCCUAGGAUUCACAUAGACCCCUCUUGGAGCUCACAAUGGUUUUACAUUCAUAACCAGGCUCCAAGUUUGGCUAAGUUUUCUGCUGACCCUCCAGUAUAUGUCUGGGCAUGGUUUCUGAACAGUGAUAGUGGAAGUGAUUUUCAGACAGACGAGUUGUUGGAAUCAAUUUGUUCUUUAAGAAAGAAGCAGGUGACAGCAGCGUCUGUUUUCAAGAAUUGGAUGCAGCAUGGGAUCCAGCCUCUACAGAAGAGAAAACAUUUUGGUUUUCAAUAUGAGGGUACUCAGGAUGAAUCUCGCUUGUCUGCAGAAGCGGUGGAUUCUUCAAGUACUUUAAGGGUCGUUUGGAGCAUAUUUCCUGACCAAUUGUCAGUGCCAUAUGUGCAAGAGUCUUUCGUGCAAGCAAUCCUCCUGAGGCUAAUGUGGCAGUGUACAAGAGUGAUCCUCCCAUUCCAGAUUCUGCUACGACCAAUAGGGAGAAAAACUUUCAUAGGCCUUUAGGGAUAGUGCUUGUAGAGUCCAUGGUUGAAGAUGAUCCAUACUACUCAUCUUCAUCAGAUAGUGAUGAAGCGUCUACAAAGAGAAGGAAUUUGGGAGAAAGAUGUGAUGAAUCUGGGGCUAGUAAGGAUGUGGAGAUAAGUAAUUUUCCUGCUCCUCCCCCCUCUCAGCCUGAGCCUGUGCCGAGCUCAGGCCCAGGACAAAGAAUACUGCGAGUGCCGCGCCAGCGAGUAGAUUCUGGAUCUACCGCGGGGUCAGUUACUCCUUCUAUUGGUGUUUGGUCAGGCCUUGGGAUUUUGCGGGCUUCUCAAAAGCUUGUCGUCAAGCGCUCGAAUAUAUCCGCAGCUGGUUUAAGGCGUCCAGCCCAUGAACCUGCGACUACUCGGGAGGAGGAUGUAGCCCCCGAGUCAUCGGAAAGACCCGAGGAAACGCCUUCUUCUGCGGUGAAUGUAGAUAUCCCGGAGAAAAUAUAUGCUGCUGAGUCGGAGGAACCAACAGCAUGCCCCACGACUGCUCCUCCAGUCACCGAACCGAGGGAUCCGGCUAGUCCACGGACUUCAACAGCGGUGGACCCUAAUGAGGUUCCAGUCGGGUUGAUAGAAGAUGAUCUUCUGUCAGCCGAGUUAUGCAAUGAAUCUGUUGAUUCUCUUCGGCGUGUUUAUAAACACUUCAAGUCAUGCGAUCUCGACUGAAGUCGUCGAUCCUAGCCGUAAAGGCUGAAGGUCUUCAGGAUGUUCAUUACCUGAAGCAAGAGCUAUUAGAGAAAGAUGUUGUGAUUGCUGAACCAGCUGGCAGCAUCACAAGCUGGUAGUUCGGAUGCUAGGCAGAAUGAAGAAUUGACAAGAUGCCAACGGGAAAGAGAUCAAUCUCUUCGAGAAUGCGAGGAGCUGAAACAGGCAAAUGCAGAUCUCGAAGAGUACAAGAAAAGCAUGGAAGCAGUCUGAGAAGUGCCGAUAAGAAGCUUGCAGAGAAUUUGAGUACCAUUCAAAAGCUUAAUCGGGAUAAAGAAAGGAAGGAUAAGGAAAUUGAAGACCUGGAGAGUGCAGCUCGAGACGUGAUUGAGAUGGUGCAACCUCCCCAUCCUAGUGUAUGCCUAGAGUAGCAUUUGACUCUAGAGUUGGACUUUUGAUAGAGACGGAUAAUCCAGAUCGCCUCUAGAGUUAGUACGGAAUAGCGUA